GCGACGAGGGGCCGCCUGGUCGCGAAGGUAGAGGCAAGUGUUUCCACUGACUGAAGCUGACAGCUCCGCGGCUCCAAGAGUGACAUUCUACCCACAUUGCCCGGGUCUAAGAUGUCGGUGCCGCUCGCAACAAUGUCUUUACCUUAGCUGAGUCUCGUCGGGGGAAAUUUUUUUAUUUUUUAUUUUUUUGCCGAACUGCAGGACGCACGCAGUUUGUGACGAUGCCAUCCCCGAUGGAGGGCUCGUCCAGGGGCGAGGGGGACCUCUUCACGGUGGUCAAACACGAGCUGACGAACGCUAACCUGACGGGCCACGUGGAGCGUGUGGGGAUUGAGAACUUUGAGCUCCUGAAGGUGCUGGGAACUGGAGCGUACGGCAAGGUGUUCCUCGUGAGGAAAGUGAGCGGCCACGACGCCGGCAAGCUGUACGCCAUGAAGGUCCUGAAGAAGGCCACCAUCGUGCAGAAGGCCAAGACCGCCGAGCACACGCGGUCCGAGCGGCAGGUGCUGGAGCACAUCCGCCAGUCCCCGUUCCUCGUCACGCUCCACUACGCCUUCCAGACCGACACCAAGCUGCACCUCAUCCUCGACUACGUCAAUGGCGGCGAGCUCUUCACCCACCUGGUGCAGAGGGUGCGCUUCAAGGAGCAGGAAGUGGCGCUGUACAGCGGCGAGAUCGUGCUGGCGCUGGAGCAUCUAAACAAGCUCGGUAUCGUGUACCGGGACUUGAAACUGGAGAACAUUUUGCUGGAUUCAAGCGGUCACAUAGUCCUCACAGACUUUGGCCUCAGUAAGGAGUUCGACCAGAAACAAGUGGAACGAGCCUUCUCCGUGUGCGGGACUAUCGAGUACAUGGCGCCGGAAAUUGUGGAAGGAGAGUCCGGCCAUGACAAGGCGGUGGACUGGUGGAGUCUGGGAGUCUUGAUGUACGAGCUCCUGACAGGCGGAUCACCCUUUACCGUGGACGGAGACGAGAACUCCCCCACGGACAUCGCCAGGAGGAUCCUGAAAAAAGACCCUCCCUUCCCCAAAGACAUGUCGCCACUGGCCAAAGACAUCAUCCAGCGACUCCUCACCAAAGACCCAAAGAAGAGAUUGGGAUCCGGUCCAAACGGGGUAGAGAACGUCAAGAAGCAUCCGUUUUACCAGAAAAUCAACUGGGAGGACCUGGCAGCCAAGAAGGUGCCGGCUCCGUUCAAGCCGGUGAUCCGGGACGAACUGGACGUCAGCAACUUUGCGGAAGAGUUCACGGAGAUGGACCCCACCUACUCCCCCGCCGCCCUGCCUCAGAACUGUGAUCGCAUCUUCCAGGGUUACUCCUUCAUGGCCCCCUCCAUCCUGUUCAAGAGGAACGUGGUGAUGGACGACCCGGUCCAGCUUUGCGGCGGCUCCGAGCGUCCGGGCUCGGCUGCUGUCGCCCGCAGCGCCAUGAUGAAGGACUCUCCUUUCUAUGUCGGCUACGAGAUGGACCUGAAGGACAGCGCUCUCGGCGAGGGAAGCUUCUCCAUCUGCAGGCGCUGCACGCACAAGAAGACCGGGCAGAAAUACGCCGUGAAAAUAGUCAGCAAACGGAUGGAGGCGCAGACUCAGCGGGAAAUAGCGGCCCUGAAGCUCUGCGACGGUCACCCCAACAUCGUCAAGCUGCACGAAAUAUACCACGACCAGCUCCACACGUUCCUGGUUCUGGAGCUGCUGGGCGGAGGGGAGCUGCUGGAGCGUAUCCGCAGGAAGCGACACUUCAGCGAGACGGAGGCCAGCCGCAUCAUGCGCAAGUUGGUGUCGGCGGUCAGCCACAUGCACGACGUUGGCGUGGUGCACCGGGAUCUGAAACCUGAGAACCUGCUCUUCACCGACGAGGGCGAGAGCUCGGAGAUCAAAAUCAUAGACUUCGGCUUCGCCCGCCUCAAGCCGCCGGACAAUCAGCUCCUGAAGACCCCCUGCUUCACCUUGCAGUACGCCGCGCCGGAGAUACUCAAAUACGACGGCUACGACGAGUCGUGCGAUCUCUGGAGUCUGGGGGUCAUUCUGUAUACCAUGCUGUCCGGCCAGGUGCCUUUCCAGUGUCAGGAGCAGAGCCUGACCCACACCAGUGCGGAGGAAAUCAUGAAGAAAAUCAAACAGGGGGACUUCUCCUUCGAGGGCGAGGCCUGGAGGAACGUGUCCCAGCAGGCCAAAGAUCUCAUCCGAGAGCUGCUGACUGUGGAUCCGAUCAAGAGGAUCAAGAUGUGCGGCCUCCGCUACAACGCCUGGCUGCAGGAUGACAGCCAGCUGUCUUCCAACCCGCUCAUGACCCCGGACAUCCUGGGCUCGUCCACCGUGUCCGUGCACACUUACGUCAAAGCCACCUUUAACGCUUUCAACAAAUGCAAGCGGGAGGGCUUCCGCCUGCAGACGGUGGACAAGGCGCCGCUCGCCAAACGGCGGAAGAUGAAGAAGACCAGCACCAGCACGGAGACGCGCAGCAGCUCCAGCGAGAGCACCCAAUCCUCGUCCUCCUCAUCCCAGUCCCAGGAGAAGAACUUUGCCGAGGGCGACGGCCACCUGCCGCCCGCCACGACCCCCGUCAGCACGCCCGCCGCCCUGGGGACGGACUCCGAGCACCAAGAGCCGCCCCCGCCCGCUUUUCACUUUUCUGACGGGAAGUGACGGAGGACCCGGACCUUCACGUUCACCUUCGAUCUUUUUUUAUUAAUUUUUUUUUGCAUGGAUGUCAUCCUGCACGUCUCUAAAGGCAAGCAUGCAGCAGGAGCGGCAACCUCAGUAUCCAAGCAACCUCCACUAGCAAUAGCUUGACAACACACACACACACACACACACACACACACACACACACACACACACACACACACACACACACACACACACACACACACACACACACACACACACACACACACACACACACACACACACACACA